AUGGACGAUAUUCAACAACUUUCACGCAGUAGAGCAGCCCACAAGGCAACUUAUGAUAAGUUUGAUUCAAUUCAAACCGAAUUAGAAAGCCUGUCCGAGGACACCGAUAGUCAAAUCCUCGAACGUGCCAAAUUCAAGGAACCUUACUUCGAGAGCCUAGCCAGAGCCAAAGGGCUGGUUAAGGCCUUUAGUAACGAACAUAUUACACCUGAAGCCAAACCAUCUCAUAGUGAAUGCAUUGACUCAAUAAAAUUUCCCGAAAUUGCAUUACCCAGUUUUAGUGGUGACUUUAGGGAGCCGUACAGACCGGAUCGACCGGACAGACCGGAAAGACUGGACAGACCGGACAGAUCGAAAAGACCGGACUGUGCAGACGGACCGGACAGGCCAGACAGACCGGAAAGACCGGACAGACCAGACAGAUCGGACGAGCUGGAAAAACCGGAUAGACUGGACAGACCGGACAGAAUGGACAGACCGGACAGGCCGGACAAACCGGACAGACCGGACAUGCUGGACAGAUCGGACAGGCCGGGCAGACCGGACAGACCGGAUAGACCGGAAAGAACGGUCAGACUGGAUAGACCGGACAGAACGGAUUGA